AUGCAACCAGAAAUAGCAUCUAAAAGACUUACAAUUUUUGUGGAUGCAAAAGUAGAACCCAAUUCUAUAAAAACAAUAAACGAAUGUUUAUAUGAUUUGAAUAAAAACACUGGUAGAAAUAUUCACAAUAAAAUACAAUACGAAGAUAUUUUAGAUUUAUUAAAAAAAGCGAUCCAAAAUAAGGUUCAAGCACUAUUGACUGAAGAAAAAUACAAAAAUCAUAACUACGUUUAUUUUAAAACAUCUACUGCUUCCAUAAUCACAGAAAACAAAAUAAACUUUAUUAAAUCGCUAUUGAGAGUAUUGUUAAGCGAAAAUGGUAUUAACAAAUUGGAUGAAGACAAAACUAAUUUGCUAUUUUCCAGCUUCAUUGUUGAUUUAGAUAUUCAGAAAACGUUCAGUACUAAUUUUUCAACUGUGCAAAAUAACCCACCAAUUUUCAAAAUAUCUUUGUAUAAGUGUAAUUAUUCUUUCCCAUCUUCAAUUAAUGAAGAGAACUUAUCUGAAAAAUUAAAAAACACCGUGAUAAUUGACGAUACAGAGAAUGAUAAAUUUGAUAUGGACGAUUAUUCAAUUAUGUCAAUAACUAAUAAAGAAAACGAAAAUGAAAGCAAACUCAAUAUUAAUGAUACGAAAUUUUUAAACAAAUCACAAAUAACUUUAUUACCUGAUCUAAAAAUAGAUAAGGUUUGGGAAUGUUUACAAUUCCCCGUAGAUUUCAAGGAAAACAUUUAUAGGACAGCAAGUGUCUUUGCACAAAUUUCGCAGCAAAAUUAUAUUUGUAAUGAACCACCAACACUAAAUCAAUUUAUUAUUUUCCAUGGACCUGCUGGUACAGGCAAGACUACCAUGUGUAAAGCCUUGGCCCAAAAGUUAUCUAUUAGAAUGGGUAAUCUAGAAGGGAAUGGUAUUUUAAUUGAAUUUCCAUGUGGUAAAAUUUUUUCUAGAUGGUUUGGUGAUUCUACUAAAAAUUUGGAAAAGUUGUUUUCAGAAAUUGAACAAAUACUUGAAAAAGGGAGUAUGGAAAGAACCCAGACAAUAACACCUAUUUGUUUGUUAAUGGACGAGGUAGAAACUAUCGCUUCCUCUAGAUCUUCAUUAAUGGCUAAGAAUGAAACUUCAGAUUCAAUUCGUGUAGUAAAUACGUUGUUAACUCAAAUUGAUAAAUUCAAAAAAUAUCCCAAUUUUUUAUUAUUAGCAACAUCUAACUUUUUUGAUUCAUUAGAUCCUGCUUUUGUCGAUAGAGCUGACAAAAUUAUUAGAAUUUCAUUGCCAUCCAACGUUGCUUGUAAACGAAUAAUCAAAAAUGAAAUUCAAAAAUUAAUUAAAAGCAAAAUUAUUAUUAAAAGGGAUUCGAGCAAUUUUUAUAACAUUAACGAAAGUAUUAUUCAAAAUAUUGGCAACAAUUUUUAUGAGAGAAAAAUGAGCGGAAGAGCAAUUGUGAAAAUUCCAAUUUUGUGUAUUUCACAGUACUUUGAUUCAGUUCCUGUAGAUUACGAUACUUUCAUUUUAGCUUUAAGUGAGUUUUAUAAAAAAGAGUAUUGA